UACUUGUCUGUCCGGUCAGAUCGCCAACUGCUCGCAGCGGAUCUGUGACGCCGUGAAUGGGAGCUGGUCUCCAUGGACUCCCUGGAGCGAGUGUUCUGCAUCCUGCUGGGGAGGGUUCCAGAAACGUUACAGAUUCUGCACAGAGCCUUCUCCGUCUGGAGCAGGGUUACCCUGUGAAGGUCCAGGUGAUGAGGAGCGGCCCUGCAAUCUGGAGCCCUGUCCUGAAACCGGGAACUGGAGUUUGUGGAGCAGCUGGACGGACUGUACCAAGACUUGUGGAGAAGGGGUGAGACUACGCAGUCGGACCUGCACCAACCCAUCACCCUCCGGGGGCGAAGAUUACUGUGAAGGGCUGAGCACAGAGAUGGAGCCCUGCCAGCUGGUGCCAUGUCCUGAGCCGCUUUCUCCGCCAUCAAACUGCUCGGCCAUCGUGGGCUCCGUCUAUAGCAGCUGCGCUCCCACCUGCCCCAGGUCAUGUGAUGAGGUGAUGUUCAGUCCGCAAUGCUCUGAGCGCUGCCUGCCUGGCUGUCACUGCCCCCCGGGGAAGCUUCUGGCUGACAAUGGCUCCUCCUGUGUGGACCUGGAGAACUGCACCUGCUUGGACAUUGUGAGUGGAGGAAGACACUUCCCAGGAGAGACGGUGCCCAUGGAUGACGGGUGUAAUAACUGCUCCUGUGUGAACGGGGUCAUGAAGUGCACCAGUGCGGUCUGUGCCGUGGCUGGUCGCUGGUGUGAAUGGUCAGACUGGACCCCCUGCUCCAGGACGUGCGGCACUGAGGUGGUGACACGGUACCGGAGCUGCGCCUGCCCCAGACCCUGGGGUGGUGGAGAGGAAUGUGAGGAUGUGCAGCAGUAUUAUGGUGACACCGGGGUCCAGCUGGAGCAUCGGGAGUGUCCACACCCGUCCUUCUGUCCAGUGAACGGUAACUGGGGUCCGUGGAGUCCGUGGUCCUAUUGUGACGCCUGUUCCGGAGACUCUGUGAGGACCAGGCAGUGUAAUAAUCCUCCGGCACGGUUUGGAGGUUCACCAUGUGCAGGAGAGUCCAGACAGAGCCAGGCCUGCCGAGACAACAGCACCCAGUGCUCAGAGUGUGGCCGAGGCUUGGUGGAUUUCCCCUGUGGUAAGUCCUGCCCCCGAUCCUGUGAUGAUCUUCAUGGUGAUCGCGCUUGCUUGGACAGUGAAGAGUGCCGGCUGUCAUGUGGAUGCCCUGAGGGGCGGCUGAUGCAGGACGGGGAGUGUGUGGCCCCCAGUGACUGUAGAUGCAAAUAUCAGAACUGGACUCUGGGAUCAUCGGACUCCACUGCUGCCUGGUCUGGUCCUAUCAAAUGGGAAUAUGCGCAGCCCAGAGAAGUAGUGAGUGGUCCCUGUCAGAACUGCACCUGCUCCAGUGGGCUCCUACUUUGCACUCCGGACCCUCAGUGUCUUCUGGAUGGUGACUGGGGGCCAUGGAGCUCCUGGUCCUCAUGUUCUGUGAGCUGUGGAGAAGGAAACCAGACCCGGUCCAGACAGUGUGACCGCCCUGCACGCCAGAAUGGAGGACGAGAUUGUGUGGGUGAUGAUGAGCAGAAGAGACCCUGCCAGGGCCCCAGAUGUCCAGAGGUGGAACCAUGGAGCGAGUGGUCCUUGUGGUCACCAUGCAGCAUGACCUGUGGGGGAGGGGAACAGAUCCGGGUCCGGGAGUGUCAGCACCACGAAUGUAAAGGAAAAGCCAUUCAGAGCCGCAUGUGCAACAACCAAGUGUGCUUAGAUAUCGGCUGCCCUGUAGACCGUCUGUACCGAGAGUGCGGGAAGGAGGACAGCUGUCCGUAUAGCUGCGCGCACCUGACGCAGCAGGUGGAGUGUUUCCCGGAUGACUGUGAGGAGGGUUGUCACUGUCCACUGGGCACCUACUUCCACAACGGCUCCUGUGUCACGGACUGUCCAUGUCCGGUGACGGAGGACGUUCUCCAUGGACUGAGGAGCCUGUCACCUGAUCAUCUGCCCGGCCGCCAAGAAGUGAGAGCGGGUGACGAGCUGCUGCCAGGAGCGGAGAUUCAUGUGGGCUGCAGCUCCUGCACGUGUGUUAGUGGCCUCCUGAACUGCACGUUCUCUUCAUGUCCUGUGGACGGAGGCUUCACCCAGUGGACGCCCUGGAGCCCCUGCUCAGUGACCUGCGGAGGUCUGGGUAACAUGACACGAUCACGUGACUGCGCUGACCCUGUGCCAGCCAAUGGAGGCAGAGACUGUGAGGGGCCCCGAGUGGACAUAAAGUACUGUCAGACUGUGGAGUGCGGAGAUGUGAUAGAACCCACCAUGGAGACGUCCAUAGAACCCACAGGGAAGGAGCUGGGCUCCUGGACUCAGUGGACGCCAUGUUCUAAGAGCUGCUCAGACACCAGGUAUCCAGCUGUGAAGACGCGCUCCCGAUUCUGCCCCAGCGGAGGGAAUUGUACAGGAGAGAUGUUUCAAGAGACUAUUUGUAACCUGCCCCAAUGUCUCGGUCCGGAUUUUCCCUCUUGUGACUCGGACGACUGUAGGGACAGAAACUGCACGUGGAACCCCUGGUCAGAGUGGAGCGAAUGUUCUCGGUUUUGUGGUGUUGGGCAACAGAGACGUCUUCGUACAUAUAACCCCCCGGGGGACGGAGGCUCGUGGUGUGAGGACAUCCUGACUGGACACAUGGAGCGACGCUUCUGUAACCUGCAGGCCUGUAAAGUGAAUGGCGGCUGGUCUAAGUGGAGCCCGUGGUCGUGGUGUGACCGCUCAUGUGGCGGAGGGAGGUCAGUGAGAAGCAGAACCUGUACCAGCCCCCCACCCAAAAACGGAGGGAAGGAGUGCACCGGCGAGAAGUACCAAGUUCGAAUCUGUAACCCAAAGCCGUGUGCGGACACCUGCCCCCCCAGUAUGGAGCAGGUGGGAUGUGCUAACCGUUGCCCUCGACGUUGCGGGGAUCUUCAGCAGGGAAUCGUGUGCCUGGACGGGGAGGCAUGUGAGCCGGGGUGUCGCUGCCCCUCAGGGUCCCUGGAACAGGACGGGCUCUGUGUCCCCAUAGCCGAGUGUGAGUGCACGGACAACCACGGCCAGAGCUGGACCCCCCAGAGCCUCCUGCUGGACGAUUGCAACAACUGCACCUGCACCGAGGGCCGACUACAGUGCAGCACCCAGAUGUGCCCCCGCCCCAACUGUACCUGGAGUCAGUGGUCUGCCUGGUCCCCGUGCUCCUCCACCUGCGCAAUUGGCCAGCAGACUCGCUUCAGAUCUUCCAUCCCAGAGGAGUCAGGCCGCAGUCAGUGUCCGGCCCCGGAGCAGCAGUCUCGCCCGUGUUACCUGGAGACGUGCCCUGUGCUGUGCCCACACAAUGGCUCUGAGUGGAGUGUGGGUGAUGUGUGGCUGGUGGGGGAGUGUCAGCAGUGUGUCUGCACCCCGGAGGGAAAUCACUGUCAGGACAUUUACUGCCGCGUUAACGGUAACUGGACUCCAUGGUCUCCGUGGUCAGAGUGUCCAGUCACCUGUGGAUCCAGUGUUCAGAUUCGGAGCCGGGCUUGUAUCAAUCCUCCCCCUCGGAACAAUGGUUCAGACUGCGAGGGCCCAGACACAGACAGGCGGAACUGUACCAACAAGCUGUGUGAGGGUGGUGGCCCCUGUGGAUGGACUGACUGGAGCCCCUGCUCCGCAGCUGUGGUACAGGCCUCCGCAGUCGGAUGGUCACAGAUACACCAGAUGGUCGAUGUGAGGGCAGAGAGCGGCUACAGACCGAGGCCUGUUAUCUGCGGCCAUGUGAAGGGCUCUGUUCCUGGGGGCCGUGGAGCCCGUGGUCGGUCUGCUCCUGUCACUCCAUACUCCAGCAGCGGUAUCGGGAGCCCUGGGCCCUGUGUUCGGUGGGGACACAUGUGAUGAGCUGGGCACCGAGGUCCGGCCAUGUAACAACUCCCUGUGCUCUGAGUCCAGCUGUCCUCCUCCAUUUACCUUCAGCCCCUGUGGAUCUCCCUGCACUCGUCUAUGUUCCUCCAGACACAGGUCAGAUGGAUGCCAGGAUUUACCCACCCUGCCAACCCGGCUGCUACUGCCCCCUG